UGUCCGGCUACUGCGCAGGCGCAGUCUGUGGGACUGGCAGUUGGUCCAAGGUUUGGGGGCAGAGGGAGAGUGACAGGGAGGCUCCGUCAUCAUUCGCUGCGGCCUCUGAUGGGCGACUCGGGUUAUCGGUUAAUACCGGGAGCCUUGGGUACAUCUGUGGUGUCUGGAGCGAAUCAUAAAGCACCCGGGAAGAUGCCGGUAAGGGUCUGUGGGAUCAACAAAACAGACAAGCCGGAGUCCAGCGAUAAUGUCAAAGUUGUGGUUCGAUGUCGUCCCUUAAAUGAGCGUGAAAAAGCCAUGAACAGCAAGAUGGCUGUAAAUGUGGAUGAAAUUAGAGGAACUAUUGCUGUUCAUAAAGUAGACUCCAUGAAUGAACCUCCAAAGACUUUCACAUUUGACACAGUUUUUGGACCGGAUAGUAAACAGCUGGAUGUGUACAACUUAACAGCCAGGCCUAUAAUCGAUUCAGUACUGGAAGGCUAUAAUGGAACAAUCUUUGCAUAUGGACAGACUGGAACAGGUAAAACCUUCACUAUGGAGGGCGUUCGUGCUGUCCCAGAACUCCGAGGCAUCAUCCCAAAUUCCUUUGCUCACGUAUUUGGACAUAUUGCUAAAGCUGAAGGAGAUACACGAUUUUUGGUCAGAGUGUCGUAUCUGGAAAUUUAUAAUGAAGAAGUACGUGACUUACUGGGAAAAGACCAAACCCAAAGGCUUGAGGUUAAAGAGAGACCUGAUGUUGGUGUUUACAUUAAGGACCUAUCUGGUUAUGUGGUGAACAAUGCUGAUGAUAUGGAUAGAAUUAUGACUUUAGGACACAAAAACCGUUCUGUUGGAGCCACUAACAUGAAUGAGCAUAGCUCUCGAUCUCAUGCAAUCUUCACAAUUACUAUAGAAUGCAGUGAAAAGGGUGCUGAUGGAAACAUUCAUGUCCGCAUGGGAAAGCUUCAUCUUGUAGAUCUUGCAGGCUCAGAGAGGCAAGGAAAGACUGGGGCAACUGGGCAAAGAUUAAAAGAGGCCACAAAAAUUAAUCUAUCCUUAUCUACACUAGGAAAUGUUAUCUCUGCUUUGGUUGAUGGAAAAAGCACUCAUGUACCUUAUAGAAAUUCAAAACUUACUAGACUGCUACAGGAUUCAUUGGGCGGAAACUCAAAAACUAUGAUGUGCGCAAAUAUCGGGCCAGCAGAUUACAACUAUGAUGAGACAAUCAGCACUUUAAGAUAUGCAAAUAGAGCGAAAAACAUCAAAAAUAAAGCUAGAAUCAAUGAGGAUCCAAAAGAUGCUCUUCUACGCCAGUUUCAGAAAGAAAUUGAGGAUCUUAAAAAGAAACUUGAGGAAGGAGAAGAAAUAUCAGGCUCUGAAGAUAGUGGUUCAGAUGAAGAUGAUGAUGAAGAUGGGGAAAUUGGAGAAGAUGGAGAAAAGAAAAAGAAAAGAAGAGGUAGUAGCAGCAGCAGUAGCAGCUCAGACUCCACAGUGAUAGAAAGACCAGUGGAUAAGUACCUGCCUAAACAAGCAGGCAAGAAGAAGGUCUCCCAUGAUAAAAUGGUUGAGAUGCAAGCGAGGAUUGAUGAGGAAAGGAGGGCACUUGAAGCAAAACUUGACAUGGAAGAAGAAGAACGGAACAAAGCAAGAGCUGAGCUGGAGAGAAGGGAGAAAGAUUUACUAAAAGCACAGCAGGAGCAUCAAUCACUCCUUGAAAAGCUGUCUGCUUUGGAAAAGAAAGUUAUUGUUGGAGGAGUGGAUUUGCUUGCCAAAGCAGAGGAACAAGAGAAGCUUUUAGAAGAAUCUAAUUUGGAGCUUGAAGAGCGUAGAAAGCGAGCAGAAAAACUUCGGAGAGAGCUAGAGGAAAAAGAGCAAGAACGUUUAGAUAUCGAGGAGAAGUAUACAAGUUUACAAGAGGAGGCUCAGGGUAAAACUAAAAAACUAAAGAAAGUGUGGACUAUGCUAAUGGCUGCUAAGUCUGAGAUGGCAGAUCUUCAGCAGGAGCAUCAAAGGGAAACUGAAGGUUUGCUGGAAAACAUCAGACAACUGAGUCGAGAAUUGCGACUUCAGAUUAAUAUCAUUGAUAACUUCAUCCCUCAGGAAUAUCAGGAAAUGAUUGAAAAUUAUGUUCAUUGGAAUGAAGAUAUUGGAGAGUGGCAGUUGAAAUGUGUGGCAUACACUGGAAACAACAUGAGAAAACAGACACCUGUACUAGACAAGAAAGAAAAGGAUCCAUUUGAGGUAGAUUUGUCUCAUGUAUAUUUGGCUUACACGGAGGAGAGUCUUCGUCAAUCUUUAAUGAAGUUGGAGCGACCAAGAACAUCAAAAUCGAAAUCAAGACCUAAAACUGGAAGAAGGAAACGCUCCGGAAAACCAGAAGCUGGGAUCGACUCCUUGCUCCAGUAACUUGACCAGGCAAUGACUUAAUCAUUGAUAUGGCAGGGUACCUAAACCUGUAUUAUGCCUCUGAAUGUGGUUUAUGUUAUAGGAUGGAAGAAUACCUUGUGCAUUGAGCAAGAACCUUAUUACUAUUGAAUUGCUUGACUCAUAUUCCACUUAAAUGUCAUGUUUUUAUGUUUACACCUGUUUUUUUUAUAGGGUUCAGUUCAUCACAUUAUGAAACCUCAUUGAUGACCAUGUUAAAUGGGAAAACACUGUUAGAUUUUAGUUUCUCUGUAAAUAUAUUUGUCUUCCUAUUAGGAGGAUUUAGUAAGAAAAUUGAUUAUUGAAACAGUUGCCCUUGAUAUUUAAUUUUCUGUAAAACUUAGUGUAUACAAUGUGUCCAAAUGUACAGAUUUGUUUUAAUGUGAUUUGUUGAUUGUUUAAAGAAUUGUCUCCUUUUUGGUCCCCCCAUUACAUAUUGCAUGUUGCCUGUGUUACAGAUGUGAAGGAAUUCAAUGAUUCACCGAUGACAUGUCAGGACUAUCAUUAAUCAAAGUUUGUGACUUCCCUCUUAAAGUGUUAGAAGAGCUCUCACUUUCUAGUAAUUUUAAAGGAGCACUCUGUUAGGAAUACAAAUCUCUAAUACUAACGUUAGUGUUUUCCAAACUAUUUAGAUUCAUGCUCCCCUUCCUCACUUAAAUAAAAGUUUAUUUACAUUUAUUCCCCUGGCAUGCCGGUCUUCUUGCAGCUGCAAUCACCACUCUGCGCCUUUCAGCAUUUCCUCAUUGAAGUGUAUCGUUACGGAGAGUGCUGAGCAUCUUCAUGGAAAGCAUUUAGACAACAAGCAUCAGUAAAGCAAACAUUGCAUUAUCACUACAGGAAGCCCUGCUAGUUGCUAUCCAAGUGACCGCAACUACAGGUGGCAUUAGAAUGCAAUGUGUAAACACUGCAUUUACUCAUAAUUGCUGAGACUGCAAGGACAGGCUGCAUAAAAAAAACACUACACUAAGCUCCAAUGGAUUUGGUGCUGGGAGUGUCCCUUUAAUAUUAUGUUUAUCUAUCCAUAUAUUUAACAAAUAUUUUUAUGUAUGGGUGAGAAAUGUAUCUGGAUGUAGAAAUCCACACCUCCAUAUCAAUCAUUGUUACAAGCUCUGUUCUUUGCACCUAGCAGUAUGCAAAUAAAAGCAUUGAGAGAAAAGGACAAAUUAAACUGUUUUCUUCCUCCUCCGUAUUUGCAAUGUUUGAAUCUUGUCUUUACAGUGGUUUUACUGCGCCUGAAAUGGAGUAUGAUGUGAUUUGUUAAUUCAUAUAAAUAAAAAAAAAAAAUGGUGCAUCUCAUGAAAAAAGGUUAACACAAAUUACAGGUGAUUUUUCACUGUUUUUACCAGUCAACUUUUGCCCCACCAAUGUUAAUCGGUCAGUAAUUUAUACUGAAAUGUUUCAUCAUGCAGUCUUUUUGUGAACAUGUUGGCAAAUCAUUGCUACAAAAUCACAAAAACAUUCAGUGCAUAUAUUUAGAAAUCCAACCCUCUUGUUUAAUUGUAAACAUUAUUUGUUGGUGAUCUGGCAGUUUCAAAUUAAUUCCUUCUUUUCAUCUGCUCUGAAGAUGGAUUUAAAUUUCUAGUCAUCUGCCCUUUGUGGUAUCAGGUCAAUAUGAACAUCAAUGCCUAUAAGUGGGGGGAAAAAAGUUUAAAUGGUCCAUUUUAUUUCCAUGUAUUCAAUUUAAUCAGGUUAUUUGAGUUGUAAAGGGACAGAACAUUGCUUCUUCCUAAAUUGACAGUUUUGUUACACUGGUGUCCUGACUGUUUAAUCUGUAUUGAGUUUCACCAUAACUAUAUGUAAUACAUAUUUUCUGAGGAAUUCCUACGAACAAAUUAACAAUGAAUACAUUU